UGAGUGAAAAUAAUUAUUUUGUUAAAUUAUUUAUGAAGUAGUAACUAUUUGAAAUAAGCAACCUAAUAGCACAGUUAAUAUGGCUACUGGAGAUUCACCCACCGAACCAAAGCAAAUUAUAUAUUCUAGAUUUAGGGUACCUGUUAUAGGUGCUCUGAUAGAUUACAUAAAUACAAGUCUACAAUACAUGAGGUGUAAAUCGUUUGAUAGAGUCGAGACACUCAAUGUCAAAAAAUCUGGAACAAAACUUUCGGCUACAUUUCUGGCACUAGUAUGUCUCUUAUUGGGUUUGGUUUGCAACGUGAAAUUCGAAGUAGUGACUUUCGAUGAAGAACCUUUGACAAAUGACUUGCAUUUUGUCUUGAUGAGUAAAGACGAUAAACUUUAUAUUGAUGAUAUAGAUGUUUCUAGAGUGAUGCUGUGUAUUGAAGCAUCCGAUACUCUUGUCUUACUAAUCAGUUCGCUCCUCAUAUGGAAUUCAUCUAACGUGCGUUCUCCACUUAGUGAGUAUCUAUUUUUACCAUGGUUGGGAGCGACUCUACGUGGUUUCUUUCUGCGUCAAGCGCCAACUGUCGGAGCAUUAUUAUAUGUUGUGGCGGUUGUUGAUGGCAACGUUAAUUCAUUAUUUCUGACAGCGUUUUCUUUUCUUUUUUUGUUAGAAGCACGUCUCUGGCUUGAAAUUGCUCGGAUGGUCUGCAUACGAUGGGAGAGGCGUGAUAACCUUGACUUGUCCCGGAACAUACAAUACGAAGUGGAGACACUAUGGAGUAACGAAGAUGUACAGAGUGUCGAAGUUGGGAAUUAUGUGUAUUGACAAAGUAGAUUUGUAACAUAAAUUACUGUUUUGAAGUUA